AUGGCAAACCCACCUAAUCUUCAACGAACAAAUCAUACAGUAACUGCUGUAGAACCACUUUACCACGGGAGAACCGUCAUCGUGUCGAUUAGUCUGCCAGGACCUCGCAGCUCCCUUAGCACCGCUUCUCUUCGCGGAAACCACCGUCCUCUUCCACAUUCGUACAUUGACCAGACCAUCCCGCCUGUCAGUAAUCGAGCGCAUUGGACAUCAUAUCCGAACAGUGACGUUCAAGUUUCCACAAACCGCAGAAACAUUAUUGCCUCCGGUGAUGGAUUCAAUCAACGGUACAGCGCAGACCUUCGUCUGUAUGCCGCUGCGCUGAGGCACAUCGCACGGUAG